ACUCCCACCUCCUCUCACUGCCGACCACCUGCUGCGCACCGGCUCGCCUGUCUCCUCUCCACUCAGCGCAGCCCGUUCGCAGCCGAAGCGCAGCGGCGCUCAGGCAUCAUGUCGCUUGCCUCGACGAUCACGACGUUCCUGAUCGACGUCUCGCCCUCGAUGGGCGAGACGCGCGAGAUCACGGAAGACGUCGAGCUCGAGCUGAAGGACGGCGAGGACGAGGGCGCCGAAGAUGCGGCCCUGCGCCAGGCUGCGGCUGAUGGCAUGGACGGCGAGCUGAACCAGGGCGAGGAGGGAGAGAAGGGCGCGGCCACCUGGCGCACGCGCAAGCGCCAGACGAGCAAGCUGGAGUGGGCGUGCGACUUUGUGGGCCGGCGUGUGCAGACAUACGUGCACGCCAACCUCAAGACAGGCAAGGUGCACCUGAUGACCUACGGCUCGCCGCGGACGCGCAAUGUGCUCUCGGAGCAGCGCGACGGCAAGAUCGCGGAGGCGUUCGAGGGCAUCGAUGAGCUGUUCGAGCCGGCGCAGCCGACGCUCAUGACGUGCGAGCUGGUGCGUGCCUUGCGCGCGUCCAAGCCCGAGGAGAAGCCGCACCCAGCAGACCCUCUGAGUGCGCUCAUCGCCGCGAUCAACACGCUCACCGACAAGGACCGCGGCGGCCUCAACACGUCGUCGAAGAACACCUGGACGCGCACCAUCUAUCUCGUCACCGACGGCCUCACGCCCUUCAAGCGCGAGGACGUCGACAUGAUCCAGCAGAAGAUGCGCGAGGAGAACAUCCAGCUCAAAAUCAUCGGCAUCGACUUUGACGAUGAGGAGUACGGCUUCGUUGAGGAGAACAAGGACCCAGUCAAGGCGAAGAACGAGGUGUUCUGGCACAACUUCCUUCAGGAGGUGCCCGGCUCAGGCAUUGCCACGGCGGCCGAUGUCAUCGAGCAGAUCAAGGCGCCGCAGCUCGCGCCCAAGAAGCCAACGGCAAUGAACACGACGCUCACAUUUGGCGACCCGUCGCAGCAGCACGCCAGCUUCGAGGUGCUGGGCAUCCAGGUUUGCAUGUACAAGGCGACCGCGCUGGUGCGGCCCAUGGGCGCCAAGAAGCUCAGCAAAAUCGCGCAGCAGAGCGCCGGCGGGCAGCGCGACCUGGCGAACAUCGCGCAGACGCGCAUCGUCGAGGGCUGCAUGCCCGAGGUGACUGCUGCGCCCGAGGAGGAGGCCGACGGCGACCAGAUCGCCGCAGCCGACCGGGCGCGCAUCGCCAUGUCGUACACCGUUGAGAUGGCGCGCAAGUACUUUAUCCUCGACGAGAUCAAGCGCCUCGAGGCAGAGGAGAUCAGCUCCGCCAAGCCGCUGCCCGAGGAUACUGAGUUCGUCAAGGCCUGGAAGCUCGGCAAGAGCCACGUGCCCGUCGAGCACGUUCAAGACAUCAUCUACGACACCGAGGCCGGCCUCGAGAUCAUCCAGUUCCACAAUCUCGACAAGAUGCGUCGAUGGAUGAUCAUGGGCGAGACGAGCUACGUGCUCGCGCCUGUGAACAACGCCGAGGCGCAGCUGCGCCUCUCGAGCAUGAUCCGCGCCAUGCACGAGCUCGGCAAGUUUGCGCUCGUGCGUCACGUCAAGAAGAAGGAUGGCGAUCCGAAACUCGGCGUGCUGGUGCCCGUUGUCAAGGACCCCGAGGCGGGCAUCGAGCUUGAGUACUUGGUGUACGGCGAGGUGCCCUUCGCAGACGACUUCCGCCAGCUCGUCUUCCCACCUCUCGAGUACGUCGUCGACCGCAACGGCGUCGAGCAUCGCGAGCACCGCCUGCUGCCAAACAAGGAUCAGCAGAAGGCGAUGGACGAGCUCGUCGACGCGAUGGACCUCACGGACGCGUACGAGCAUGUAGACGGCUCGCGUGCCGAAUGGUUCAGCACCGAGGACAGCUUCAAUCCGGCGAUUCACCGGAUCAAGGAGGCCGUCGAAUGGCGCGUCUUCCACCCAGAGGACACGGAGCUGCCGCGCUCGCACUGGGAGCUCGACAAGUUCCUGAAGCGCCCGGAAAUCGUCUGGGAGCGCGCCCGGCCGCUGGUGGAGCAGUGCAGGGAGCUGUUCGAGCUGGAGUACUCGCCAGACGCUGCGCUCAAGCGAGCAGAGCUCUUCAAGGAGAACAAGCGUCGUCGCGAUGCGGCAAUUGCCUCCGGCGGCGUCGAGAACAAGACGAUCGUGCUUCAGGACGAGCCCGGAGACUCUGACUCAGACGGCGGCGGACACGAUGGCCGGCCGGCCAAGACGGCCAAGACGCAGCCCGCGGCCGUGACCACGCUAGGCGCCACGCAGGCAUACAAGCCCAGCGACGGCAACAGCGACACCGAGGACGAGGAAGGCGAUUACGUCAAGAUCUCGCGGCCAGACCCAAAGGUGUCGCAGCCGGAGCCCAAGUUAUCGACUCAGGCGCCGACACCAAGCCCUGCGCUGGACACCGGCGGCGUGGUCAUCAGCAGCGGCACGCCCCUCGAGGACUUUGCGUCGGCGAUGAAGGAUGCGGCAGACCCUGCGCAGGUCAUUCGCGCCAUGUGCAUCCGCAUUCGGGACCUAGUCGCAUCGAGCAUGUCGAACAACUCGUACCCCAAGGCCCGCGAUGCCAUGCGCGCAUGCCGCGCGGCCGCAGCAGAGGAGGACGAGGCGGACGAGUGGAACACCUUUAUCCGCAAGCUCAAGAAGGAUCUGCUGUCGAACUCGUUUGGACGCCGCAGCCGGCGCGACUUCUGGGACAGCUACGUGCGCGGCACGCAGCUUGGCCUCAUCACGAAGGACGAGGACGCAGGCAACAGGAGCGAGGUCACGUCCAAGAUGGCGGCCGACUUCAUCAACUUGUGAUCUGUGCACCUCCGCCAACAUUGUAUACCACCGCCAUCAAUUGCAUUCUACCGACAUCGC